CCCCCCCCCCCCGCCCCAAACAUUUGUAGAUAAGAGCUGAAGUCCAUCAGUAUUUCGCAAAAUGGAGAGUAACACAACGAAAGAUUCUGAAUCCAUUAAACCAGAUCGGAGGGGUAACAGUACCAAAAAGGGAGAAAGGGGCUUGCAGAUUGAAGGAUACUCAUUUGAAGGAUUAUCAAUAGCAGGUCAUGAGACAUGCAUAAUAGUCCCCUCGCUUAACUUAGCCUUUGAUAUUGGCAAGUGCCCUCAGCGUGCCAUCUCCCAGCAAUUCCUUUUCAUCUCCCAUGGCCACAUGGACCACAUUGGAGGACUGCCUAUUUAUGUUGCGACUCGCGGCCUUUACAGAAUGCAACCUCCUACUAUUAUUGUACCAAAAGUUAUCAAAGAAAGUGUUGAGAAGCUUUUUGAAGCUCACCGAUCUAUGGAUCACUCAGAAUUGAACCACACUUUGAUUGGGUUGGAUGUGGGAGAAGAAUUCUACUUGAGAAGAGAUCUUAAAGUUAGAACGUUUAAGACUUACCAUGUCAUUCCUAGCCAGGGUUAUAUAGUAUAUUCAGUAAGGCAGAAGCUUAAGCAAGAAUAUGCUGGCCUUACAGGAGAUGAAAUUAAGAAGUUGAAGUUAUCAGGUGUGGAGAUUACGUACACAACAACAGCACCUGAAAUUGCAUUUACAGGAGAUACAAUGUCAGACUUCAUAAAGGAUACUGAAAAUGUUGAUGUUUUGAGGGCAAAAGUCCUCAUUAUGGAGAGCACUUAUGUGGAGGACAAAACAACUGCUGAUGACGCAAGAGAAUAUGGACAUACUCAUCUGUCUGAGAUCAUCAAUUUCGCAGACAAGUUUCAGAACAAAGCAAUCCUUUUAAUCCACUUCUCAGCCCGCUAUCAGUUGGAUGUUAUUCAGCAGGCUAUUUCUGCAAUACCUCCGCCUUUGGCAGGCAGAGUUUUUGCACUUACACAAGGUUUUUGACGCAAGGCUCAAUCCACGUAUCAGCUACUUUAGAAUCUCUUCCCUGUGUUUUUUGGACAUUUCCUUUUUGUUCACCCUAUUGUUCGACUCAUUGCACGUAAAGCACUAAUAGCGAAGGAAACUUUUGCCAUCUAAUUUAGCUAGAUAUUUUUUUGCUUA